AUGGAAAAGGACAAAAGUAGAGGACUCAAGCAUAUAAAAAACAAGCAAAAAUAUAAAGGAAAUUCCAUAAAAAAAGUCGAAUCUGUACCCACGAAAUCAACGCCAGCUUUAGAUUCAAACUGGGACAGGUAUGAACUUGAAGGCAGAGAUGAAGAUUUCAUCUCCACACAUAGAAAAGACUUCUCCACACUUGCAGCAGCUCCUAUAGGUCAAGGAAACCAUUUUCAAUUCAAGAGUGAUAAAGCACUAGCAGAGGAGGUUGAAAUUGAAAAUAACAAGGAGCUAUUCCAUUUGGACCUCAAGAAACUUCAGGAAAAUAUUCUAACAAUACCAUUUUAUGCCAGACUCAACAUACCUGAAGAUAUUUUUUCUGAACAACAAAUAUUGGUAAUGAAAACUGAGGCAGAAGAGAAUUCUAGGAAAGUUAAGGGAAAAUAUGAACCAAAGUGUGAUCCAAUUGAAGAUGAUGAAAUCAAUGCAGUGCAAGAUGAAUUCAGCCAAAUAGUUGAUACAGUAGAAGAAUAUAGCAGCAAAGAUCUGCUGGAUACUCAAGUAGAAAUAUUCCUUAGUAGUGACAAUGAUAUUAUUGUACCAGACAUCCAGAAGAAACCUGUAAACUCAAAUGAUGAUCUAGAAUUAUGGUUAGAUGAUAUUUUAGGUGAAUAA